ACUAAUCAUUAGGAUUCCUAACUGCAGGACCCAUUAACUGCAGCGAUGUGUAGGACUAUAUAUAAGCCGAUUGGCAGUAAGGUCCCAAAGUACAGUACAGGAGCAGUUGGCAACGAUGAAAAACACCGGGCCAAGGAAUCCAAUCAAGAUGGAGGACUUUCUAAGGCCUCAAAUGUUCCAAAAGUGGACCCGGUUGGUGCACUUCGACUGGAAGCGGGAUGGUGACAAUCGCCUGGUGAACUCCUCCUCGAUAGCCUUCUGGAUUUCAGCGAUUUUAAAUGUGAUUUUCUUUGGCCUCAACGGCUGGGAUAUCAUCCUUCAUAUGUCUACGGGCAGGCCCUCCAAUCAGAACCCGCCCGUGCUCAGCAUUACCAUUUACUUCUCGAUCCGGGGACUGAUGCUCUUCGUGAAGCGUCGCGAAAUAAUCGAUUUUGUGAAUGCAUUGGAUCGCGAGUGUCCGCUUGAAAUUCAGAAGCAGCGGGAAAUGCGCCUGGAGCGCACGUACAAAUCCUUCUGGCAGCGCUAUCGAUUCCUGCGGGUCUAUGCACACUCGGCAGGGCCAAUGUUCUGCUGCCUGCCGCUGGCCGUCUAUCUGCUGACCAACGAGGGCUUCGAAGCGCCCAUCACGCAGCACCAGCAGCUCCUCGGAGGCUGGAUGCCCUUCAACCUGAGGAGAAACCCCCGAUUCUACCCUCUGGUGUGGCUGUUCGAUGUGUCGUGCACCGCCUGCGGUGUCUCCUUUUUCAUGACUUUCGACAAUCUAUUCAACGUGAUGCAGGGGCAUCUGAUCAUGCACCUUGAUCACCUCUCAAGACAUCUGGAGGCCAUCAAUCCCGCGGACAGUGUGACCAAUGAAGUUGAAUUCUUCGCUGACUUGAGGACUCUGGUGCAGCGCCAACAGCUUCUCAAUCGGCUGUGCGGUCAAUACAAUGACAUCUUCAAGGUGGCCUUUCUGGUGAGCAACUUUCUAGGAGCUGGAUCGCUUUGCUUCUAUCUAUUCAUGCUCUCGGAAACAACGGAUCUGUUUAUGAUUAUCCAGUACAUAACUCCCACCAUGGUGCUGGUGGCCUUCACCUUUGAGAUCUGUCUGCGUGGCACUCAGCUAGAGGAGGCGUCUGCUCGCAUAGAGUCAUCGCUAAGUCACCAGGCCUGGUACAUGGGCAGCCGAAGGUAUCGCAAGUUCUUUCUCCUUUGGAUGCAAUACUCCCAGCGCACACAGAAGCUCGGCGCCUUUGGUUUGAUCGAAGUCAACAUGGUGCACUUUACCGAUAUCAUGCAGUUGGCCUACAGACUCUUUACCUUUCUAAAAUCACACUAGGAAAUGCAUU